GUUUCAGAUUUUUCCCAAUCUCCUCCGUCAGUUCGAUUCCACUCCGACCUUACAAACAUGUCGAAGGAUCACCAAGCAAUCGCCAUCAACGAUGCGGUUCACAAGAUCCAGCUCUCUCUCCUCAACGGCAUCACUUCACAAACCCACCUCUUCUCCGCAAUGGCCCUGAUGUCUCAGUCGGACUACGAAGACGUCGUCACGGAGCGAACCAUCGCCAAGCUCUGCGGCUACCCUCUCUGCCGAUCCCCCCUCCCUUCCGACGUUUCCAGGAGAGGGAAGUACCGCGUCUCCCUGAAGGAGCACAGGGUCUACGAUGUUCGGGAGAGUCAAAAGUUCUGCUCGGGGGAGUGUCUUGUUAGCAGCAGAGCGUUUGGGAAGAGUCUGCAGGAGGUUCGUACCUCGGAGUUUGAUAUGGUGAAGCUUGGUGGGAUUGUUGGUUUGUUUGGUGGUGGUGAUGGGGAUGUGGUGGAAGAGGAGGAGGGUUUGGGUUUGGGGUUGGGGAAGUUGACUAUUUGUGAGAAGAGUGAUGUGUUGAGAGGUGGAGAGGUGGAUUUGGAGGAGUGGAUGGGUCCUUCUAGUGCUGUUGAAGGUUAUGUUCCUUUUGAUCGAAGCAAUGUCAAAUCUAGAGAUGGCAGUAAGGAGUCCAAGGCUAAGAAUAAACAAAAGAGGCAGGAGGAACCGUCUUUUAACGAGAUGGGUUUUACUAGCACGGUUAUUGUUCCUGAUGAGUGUAGUGUAAGCAGUUACAACUCCAAACAGGAUUCCAAGGCUAAGAAUAAUCAAAAGAAACAGGAGGAUCCGCCUUUUAACGAGAUGGGUUUCACUAGUGAAGUUAUCAUUCCUGAUGAGUGUAGUGUUUCAAAGGUUCCACCACAGACCAAACAAACUCCUCCUGUGGUGAAACCUGAGGAUGGCCAAGGGAAAACCCCAAAAAAAUCGAGGUUUCGUCGUGAAAAGGAAAAGGAAAAGAUCGAUUUCGCGAGCUUUGGGUUUGAUGCAAUGGGCUGUGCGAGCCCUGUCACUGCAAGUGAUGGAUACAGCGUUGAAUACAGCGUGUCUAAGCAGCCACCAUCUUCAACUGAAGACCCUCUUGGUGGCCAAAUGAAAGAUGGUCUAAAGCCUUUGGAUGAGAAGAGUUCUCUAUCUGCGUCUAAAGGGAAGGGGUUUAGGCCUCCACCACGGCGCAAACAAGCUUCUCUUGUAGGCGAAUCAAGCAAAGGGAAAACAGUUGUAACAAUCACGGAGAAGGACAUUCAAAGUUCUCUGGCUGAUGAGAUGGGUGUAAUGAGCGAUGGAUACAGUGUAGAAUAUAAUGUGUCUAAGCAUCCACCAUCUUCAAUGGAAGAUUCUCUAAGUUCUCACCUAGAAGGUUCUCAGACGUUAGACAAGAAAAAUGCUCUACUAGGAUCAUCAUCUGGUUCUAAUACAAAAGCCCUGGGAAAGAAAGUUAUUUCUGAUUCUUGUGAGGGGCUUAAAGCUCAUAAGGAUAUGUGUUCAUCAAGUGAAAUCGUCACUAAGUCAUGCCUUAAAGUCUCUGGCUCCAAGAAGCCUAGCCAUUCAGUUACUUGGGCUGAUCAGAGUGAUGGCGUCCGUGGUGAUCUUUGCGAGGUUAGAAGCAAUGAUAUCGAGUCAGGUCUCAAUACAGAGGAUGUCUCACGCCUUGCAUUAGCAGAAGCCUGUGCUAAGGCGUUGAGCCAGGCUGCUGAAGCUGUUUCUUCAGGAGAUUUAGAUGCAAGUGACGCCGCUGCAAAAGCUGGAAUCGUUUUGUUGCCAAGCACACAUCAACUUGAUGAAGAAGUUUCCGAGGAGGAAAUGAGUGAAGAAGAGGAGGAGGAGGAAGCAACUCUUCUGAAGUGGCCAAACAAGCCAGGGACGCCGGAUUCUGAUUUGUUCGAACGUGAUCAGUCUUGGUUCGAUGAAACUCCAGAGGGCUUCAAUCUAACUUUAUCACCUUUUGCAAUGAUGUGGGACUCACUGUUUGGCUGGGUGUCAUCCUCUUCACUGGCGUAUAUAUAUGGGAAAGAUGAGUCUGCUCAUGAGGAGUUUUUGUCGGUUAACGGGAAGGAGUACCCCAGGAGGAUUAGAUUGGGAGAAGGGCUUUCAUCGGAGAUCAAGGAGACUAUUGCUGGAUGUCUUGCAAGAGCUGUGUCUACAGUUGCCACUGUUCUCAAGCUGCCAGUACCUAUAUCCGAGUUAGAAAAGGGACUAGGAAGCUUGUUGGAGACAUUGUCGUUGACUGGGGCGGUUCCGUCGUUUAGGGUUGAACAAUGGCUAGUGGUUGUACUUCUGUUCCUGGACGCGUUGUCUGUGUGCCGGAUCCCUCGGAUUGCACCUUAUAUAUUGAACAGAAGCAAGGUGUUGGAAGGAAGUGGAAUUGGAAAUGAAGAGUAUGAGACAAUGAAGGAGAUUCUGUUACCGCUUGGCCGUGUUCCUCAGUUUGCUACACUAUGCGGGGCUUAGACAAAACCCGGUUUAGAGUUUUACUUGGGGAAUAUAAAAACAACUUUGAAAAAAAUGAAAAAAUCAUUUUAAAAGCUGGCUUAUGUUAUUUUUUUGACUGAUGGAUUGUUUAGUUGGAAGAUAAUGUGGUACAAAAAAAAAUCAGAAUCUACUUGGAACAAAAUGUUUCGAUAUGGGUUUGAUAAAAAUGGGGUGAGAGAUGAUGUGUU